AUGAGUUCUGUGAAUGUGGAUAUCCUCUCCACUUCACCAAGUACUGGGUACGACCCUGGCGACGACGCCGCGCCACAAGGCGUUCCACAUGAUAGUGGGGCUCACCGUGCUUGUCGAGUAGAGCUGGAGGAGGCCGUGCCUCAGCUGGAUUCCCGCGCUGCGAAUCGGCACUCGCUGGAACGGCGUCUGCGUCCUCACGACGCAUGCGUACUUGACGCGAACGACCACGUUCAUCGCGAAGCGGUCGGUCUCGAAGAGAUGUUCCACUCCGAGGACUGUUUGUACUCCUUGUUGUUGAUUCGCAACCAGGUCUCGGACCUUGAACACUAA